ACACAUUCAUGAUGGCAUUAGGACAACAGCACGUGUUAAGCUUUUCGCCUAAUGGCAAAUUAUUUGCCUUCAUAAACGAUCAAGGUAUUCUAAGAAUAUGGGACACGGAAACCAACGAACUAAAGCAGGAGUAUACACCAAAUCUACAAUUAUCUGGCCCUUGUACGGCUCUCACGUGGGUUGUGACAACUUCCUCGACUGGGCAUAGUGUUGAAGGAAAAAAGUCAAAGAAAGCUCGAAAAUCACACAAUGGUUCGAACAAUGACACAGAAGCAAUUUACCUGGCACUGGGUACUAGCAAUGGACACAUUUCUCUUUAUUCUUACGCUUUAGGGAAGAUCGAGCGAAACUUAAAAGGCGAAGGACACAGUGGUAAAGUUACUUGUGUUACUCAAGAUGCCGAAGGUCACUUAUAUAGUAGUGGUGAAGAUUGCCAGAUAAUAAAGUGGUCACUUUCUGAAGAAAAGCAACUUUCAUCUUGGUCAGUGGGCCCUGAGAAGCCGUACAGCAUUGUUUACUUGGGAAUAUCACAUAAUUUGGUAGUCGGAGGUCGCCAAAUUAAAGUUUAUUCAAUUGCAACACAGGAAUUAGUGCAAACGUUAACCGGGCACACAUCAGAUAUAAAUUUGAUGAAUUCGCUCGUGAUAGAUGAGAGCAGCGAAUACGUCGUGAGUACAUCGCGAAUGGAGCGAAUAAUAUGUAUAUGGAAAAUUGGGAAAAAAGGUCGUAAUAAAAGCGCGAGUUCUACACUAAUUAUGGAGGAUGUAGCACACUGCCUAACUUGUCAAGUGGAUAUUGAUGGCAAUGUGCGAGUUGCGAGUGUAACACGCAGUGGUGUGAUUCAUAUGUACCUGAUUGCAGUGGAAAAUAUCAAACCAGAAAAACCAAUAAAACCAAAGUUGACCAUUGAAGUAGCAUCAGACAGUGCAACAGUAAUCGCGCCAAUUCCAGCUAUUUCAGUAUCACUUCAACAUAGCAGCCGCCCACAAGAAUUGAUUUUCGGCUAUGGCAACAAAAGCUUUCUUGUAUUCGAACACUUAACUCCGAAUUUCACUGAAAAAUUGCAAGUUUUAAUACGUACCGACCCAAAAUCGCUAUACUUGGCGCGUGGGAAACUGUCAAAGAAAGACGGAAAAGUUGGUGACGCCCAAAAAACGGUUACUCCAAUCGUCAAUGAUGCCGAUGUAGAUUACAAAUCCUCAGCUACAGUUCCAAAAAAGAAAUUACGAAGAACGAAGACGGUAGAGUUGCCCAUGGAAUCCCGAUUACAAAAUUUGAAUUUGAACGCUGUUCCUGGGGCUGGAGCACCUCAAGCUCAAAGCAAAGUUCAGUUGCUAGUACAGGCUCUACAUAGCAAAGACAAUGUUCUUCUACGUUCUGUAUUGCACACACAUGAUAUUAAAACUAUUCAACUGACGCUCCACAAAUUACCUGUGCAAUACGUGGGACCAUUAGUGAAUGAAUUGACGCAGUCUAUGCAACAAAAACGCAUGCACGUCGAGUAUGCAAUCGAUUGGCUUAAAAUCCUUGUUCAGACGCAUACCAGUCAACUAAUGGCUAUGGGUUCUGAAGAUCUAUUAAAUAAAUUUGGGCCGUGCAUCGGUAUAAUAGAACAUCGCGUCAACUGUCUGAAGGAGUUAUCAAAAGUCUCUGGACGUCUAGAUCUGUUGAUAAAUCAAAUAAAGCGCAACACUAAUGAGGAUAACAACUUAAACAGUGCAAAUGUUUUGGUCUAUGAGGAUAAUGAUUCUUCAGACUCUGAAUUGGAAGAUACAGGCGACAAGAGUGUCUCCGAUGAUGAAUGGGAUGAGGAUAUUGAAGAUGACAUUGAAAACAUGGACCAAGGCGGUGACGAUAAUGAUGAAAGUGAAGACAAUGAUGAUAGUGACGCUGACGAUGGAGAAGAAAUGGAAACUUAAUCGUAAUGAUGAUUAUCUGAAAAUUCUUUCUCAGACAGCAAAUGUAGUAUGUUUAUUAUAUACAUAAGUAAAAAAUAGAUUUAUAACAAAAUGUUUUUUGUUUUAUCUGCUCUGUCCUGAAAGCACUGAUAAAUUGUGUAUGUCUUAUAGGUAAAGUUUCUCUAACUUCAGUGUAGCAAGUUUUUAAUAUCAGAACAAAUGAAAUAUACUGCGAGAAAGAAUGUAUUUCCAGCUAACAUCAAAUUUAUUUUUAUUUUGAUAUACAUAGAAUACAACAGUUACUAAUAGCUUUUUGUCAGGAUACUACGUGAGUCCUAUAUGACAUUAAUAAUAAUAAUAAUCAUUCAACAGCAGAUGGUAAAACCUUAACUAAACGUGAAUAUAACUUUACUAAUAGGCUGAAUGUGUCUAACAGCAAUUUCUAAGUAUCUUCGUUUCGACAUCCACAUCAUCGCGUUUGUAAACGAAUCUAAAUUUCCUAUGCAUUCACAAUUAUAAGCAUUUUGUAGAAUAACAAAUACAAAUUGAGAUUUUAGUGAAUUUGAAUCAAUGUUAUUAAGCAUACUGGUGAAAACCAUAUUUCAAGCUGCAGUGCUCUAUUUCAGUUUAACAGAAUUUUUUAUGUGUAAUCUCAUAGUUGUUUUUUUCAAGAAUUUUACGCUCCUAAAUGCUUUGGGUCUAUUUUUCUUCCGCUGGAAAAGGUUUAAUGUGGUUCAUUUUGAAAUCGCCCACAAUCUAGUUUACCAGUUUGCUUUUAGGAAGUUGAUGAGACCGUUGGUGGACGCAUCGUGUGUAGUUACUUCAUUUGGCGUGGCCAAUUC